GGUGCUGCCAGCCCCGCCUGCCUCUGCGGCCAGCCUCGGCGGCUUGCCUCCGCCUGCCGGGGACGCAACUCAGAGCGGCGGCGAGCCCCGGCGGCGAGCACAGCUCGGCAGCCGCGCCAGGGCCGAGGUGCACUGGCUGGAUCGCAAAUGAAGUGCGAGAACUGCACCAAGAAGGAAUGCAGUAAAAAACAGAAGAAUGAUGAUACACGAAGUACAUCUGUCGAUGCAUUGAGUUCAGAUGGUAGUUUUGAAGAGAAAAAUGAGUUUCAUACAUUGGCUAAUGCUAAAAUAUUCCUUAGCGACUGCCUAGCUUGUGACAGUUGUAUGACAUCAGAAGAAGGAGCCAGAGUUUUCCAGCAGAAUCAGAAAGAGUUCUUUCGUAUUCUUAACCUUAAUAAGAAAUGUGAUACCUCAAAACACAAAGUGUUGGCAGUGUCAAUAUGCCCACAGUCAUUGCCUUAUUUUGCUGCUAAAUUCAACCUCUCUGUGAAUGAUGCAGCCAAGAGACUCUGUGGUUUCCUCAAAAGUCUUGGGGUGCAUUAUGUAUUUGACACCACUAUAGCUGCUGAUUUCAGUAUCCUGGAGAGCCAGAGGGAAUUUGUGCAGCGGUAUCAGCGGAGGAACCAGGAGGAGCAUGCCUUACCAAUGUUUGCCUCUGCUUGCCCUGGUUGGAUUCGGUACGCUGAAAGGGUUCUUACCAAUCUUGUGACCUCUCACAUUUGCACUGCAAAGUCUCCACAGCAGAUCAUGGGCUCCCUGGUAAAGGGCUACUUUGCCAGGCAGAAGAACUUGUCUCCUGAUAAAAUAUUCCAUGUGGUUGUGGCACCUUGUUAUGACAAAAAACUGGAAGCCUUGCGGGAGGAUUUCUACACUGCCUUGUAUAACUCACAAGAAGUUGAUUGUGUGCUGACAUCAGGUGAAAUUGUCCAGAUAAUGGACCAGAAAAGUGUGUCUAUGAAAGAUGUGACUGAAGUAGCUGUAGAUAGUUUGUUUGAUGAAAUAAAGGAGGGAGAUGUAGUAAGGCACGAAGGGAAGAGAUCUGAUGGUUAUCUGGAGCACAUUUUUAAACAUGCUGCAAAGGAGCUUUUUGGCAUGGAUGUCAAGGAAAUCACCUACAAAGCAUUAAAGAACAAGGACUUCCAAGAAGUUACCCUGGAAAAGGAUGGUGAGACUGUGCUACGUUUUGCAGCAGCUUAUGGCUUCAGAAAUAUCCAAAAUCUGGUUCUGAAGUUGAAAAAAGGAAAGUUUUUAUACCAUUUUGUUGAAGUCCUUGCUUGCCCAGGAGGAUGCUUAAAUGGAAAAGGUCAGGCACAAACUGAAGAUGGAAAACCAGAUAAAGCACUGCUUAACCAGAUGGAAGAAGUGUAUGCUGCAAUACCUGUUAGACUUCCAGAAACCAACCUCCACGUACAAAAGAUGUACCAGGACUGGCUGGAAGGCAUGGACUCCAAGAAGGCCCAGGAAACUUUGCACACCCAAUACAGCGCAGUAAAUCAAACAGCAAGCAACUUGGAUAUCAAAUGGUAAUAAAUCAAACUUGCAAAAGAUUUGCUUAGGUUAGUUACAGAUCCAGCACUGGAAACACUAUGCAAUUACAGCUGCUAUGCACUAGCUGAGUGUGUGAGUGAGGUGCUACCGGAUUGUGGGUGGUGAGUUGUGAAGAGCCCUUGCUUUGAAAAGCAAAAAGAGACAUCUCCCUCCAAAAGCCCUGCUUUUUUACCACAUAGUUUAACUUGUGUGGUUCAUUUCCUGCAUAUAAUGGAUUUCUUCAUUCAAAACCAUGAUCUUGCAAGGUAUGUCAGUGCUUUCUGCCUGAGGCUGAAGAGUUCCCUUCACAAAGUGGGCUCCCCCAAGACCACCUAGGUGUGCAGUCCCUUUCAUCAUGGGAAAGCAAUCACCAUGAAUUGCAGUACUGUUGCAGUUGUGAAGGGACUUGGGAUUUUAUUUGCCUCGUUGACAGAAAACCCUUCAGAGGGACAAGCAUGUACAUGGAGAAGUAUAAUGAAUUGAUGUAUACCUUCUGUCUAUAUUUUAACAAACUAUCCCAUUCCAGACUGAUUUUAUGUUCUGUAGGGAACAGGAUGCUUCAUGUAAACUGAACUUGGGAAACAAAAUGGUUAUAAUGCAGUCAGUCCUUGAAAGUAGUUCCAGGUAGGUUGGUUGGUACAUGAAGAAUAUUUUCUUUUCCUUCUAAGUUUGUUUGUUGGUUUUUUUUUAGAAACCAACAGCUAGGAAGGGUGCUGCUCCUUCCCUUUGUCUGGCGUCUUUGGGAGAGUGACACAUGUAUAUUGCUGUCACAUGAGCCACUGCUACUUUGCCAGAUAUGCUGGGCCAGACCUACAGCACUUGAAUGAAUCAAUGUUUUGGUACACGCAACAGCAGAUUGGUCUUUCAUGUAUCUAGCAAAAAUCACUUCAUGGAGUGCCUCUGAAUAAAGUACUUAGCAAUGCUUGUGAGCUCCUCCAAAGUCAUCAUACAGAGGCAUCAUUCAUUUUGAUGCACUUAGUUUUUUUUAAGGUACAGUGUGGAGGUUUCAUUAACAGGCAUCUUAGUGUUACUUACAUGCAGGCUUUUCUGCAACCCCGUGAGUUGCCAGAGGGUUAAAGAAUGUGACGUACAACCCCAAAAAACCUUAUUACCAGACCUCUUCAUGUUGUCCAAGUAGCAUCAAAUUCGUUCACAAUUAAUGGCUACUUGACACUAUCAAGGUUUCAACUUUACUUUUCCAGUCUGCAAGUGUGGAGCAGCUUUUUUGUUUCAGGCAGUUUGGAUGAAUCUUGUAAAUUUAUUACAACUGCUUGUAGGAGUAAGAGCUAAUACUGCAAGAACCUGUGUAUUUGAAAGCUGCAUUUAACAUGAACACAGUGGCUGGGCUAAAGGCAUUUGUGAAGUCAACAUGCAAGUUCUUGUAUUGGCUAAAUAGAGGUUUAAAAGGAGAGAAACAGACUUCAGUGUGCUACACCGAUGACAAGAGAUAGUCCUCUUAAUGUGAAGUUGUUACAAGAUUGACAGCUUUCAAUUAGACCUCCACCUAAGUAAAACUUGUCUCUUUGAAGGAUGUUUUCUUUCCAGUGCAAAUGAAUUUGAUUACUGUGCUAUCUGAAUGCACACAAGUAGAUUAGACCCAGAAAAAAGCCUUGGUAAGUUGUUCCUUGUCAUAAUAAAAACGUUAUAUUUAUGUGGUGCAAUAUCAGAACACCUACAGAAAUCUACCUCUGUACAGUAAGGGAGUCCAGAGAUGGUGGAAGAUUGUUGUGCAGCUGAAGCUGUAUUAAAUGUUUGCUAAGGAAAGGUGAUGGUGUUUGUGAACUGAGCGAAGCAACAUCUGACUCCUUUCGUUAUCAGUCAAGAUUUCCUCCAAAAACUUCCAGCAGAAUUGCCCUGUAAUGAAGUGGUCUUGUUCUGUUUGUACAGGCAUCUGUCUAUGUAUAUAUGGUUUAUAGCUUGAUGGCAUGUUUAAAUUAUAUCACUUCAGUUCUUUGUAUAGUCUGCUUAUUUUUUUAUGUGUGUAUACCAGGCAAAAUGGUAUGAAAAGGUGUUUUUUUUCUGAUUAAAUCUUCACUAACCUCCCCAAGAGCUUCCUUCCUGUUCUGAAAGCAUCCUCUCGGACUGUUUGUACAACUUGACAAGCACUCCCUUUGGAGGAAGCACUGCUCUAGCUGCUCUCUUGCCGUGAUGCUUGCCUGCUGCACCAAAGAGCCUCACUUCCCCUGCUGCUGGGAGACCCUGGCAGUGGGCCAGCAGGUGAAAUCGAUCUGCAGUGUACCGUGCUGUGCUCCUGCUGCAGGGGACAUCGGUGGCUCAGUGCAUAAAAUGAACUAUUUCAGUUGAAUCCAUUUCUUCCAUCUGCUCAAGAGUUUUAACCCAUUGAGAUAGUAGCAGUGUAAAAACUGAGUAGGUAUUGGUCUGCCACAGUGUUCUUUUUAAAGAUGGGGAGGGCACGUAACUGGGCAGCUUUUAGUGGCUAAGUGGAAUGUAUGUAUUAUAACUAGUGACUUACAGUGACUGAUACUUGUCUUCUUUUUGGAGGGUCAGCUUUUGUUUUAUAAGCCUUUUUGCAGUAAAAAACUGCUUUUAACUCUAAAACCCUUUUCUUGAAAGUGCCAGUUUAAAAGAACAGGGAGGGAAAAAAAGUGUUUUCCCUUAACUGUAUUAGGUCUUUCUUCCUUAGUCUUCUUUCACUGAAAGCUUAACAUGUACCAGAAAAACCUGUCCCAACUUCAUAUCCAGUGAAAUACUUGCCUAAGAUUUGAGCCUGGCUUCAAAAUGUAGAGUUGGGAAGUCUGGUGUUGGCAGUGUGUUUCUAGCCACACUUCUGAAACUACAGCAUUGUUUAUUUCCCUGAUAAGUUAUUGACAACUAAGAAUUUUCAUUGUUACUGCCUUUACAGCAAUGGGAAGAGUUCCUAGCGUGGUCACAGCCACAGUGCUUUACUUCCCAGUUGAAUGUUGUGCUGAGCUGAUCUUGUCUCCAGGUGAUUUUUUAGAAAGUACUAAAUUGGAAACAUUGGGGGACAGUAACUGGAAACGCUAAAUUGAUUGGGAAAUCAUCUUGAGGUAUUACUGACCUGAGCAGAUCAAGUACUUGAUACCUUGGCUUAUAGUACUUCACACUGAGACUGCUAUAAGAUGCUCGUUAUGAAGUACUCUGCCAUCUCCACUGAACUUGCCUCAGCAGCAGCCUGUCUUUGUCCACUGCAAUUAAUGAGCAGGGCCAGACAUGGGGUUAUGCUAAAGGAUGUAUCUGUAUGAAGCAGGCUCAGGUGGGAUUGUGUCUGGAUAAUGUUCAGUUACUUAAAUGUUGGUGCUUUGUAUUCAAAUGGAGCAUGACCAUCAAUUGUCCUAAAUAAAUCUUGAUACUAAAUUA